ACGUGGAGUCGUCACUUGUUACUCAUUAUUUAGUCUUCACGGACUUUAAUAAUACAUGAAGCUACAUUUUGGUGUCAUAUACUGCCAUAAGUCACUGUCUAUGCUAUGAAAUAGUGGCACACUAUAGUGUUUGACGACUACCACAAGUUCCGCUCUUCUAUUGUGGUCAAUACUGGCCUAGAAGCACUUCGGUGCCCAGUGGAUAGUACCAUAGCAUAGCCAGUACUCACUCGUCAAUUUGUCAGUCAACCAAUCAAGUAUUCAGUGUCGGUUGUGCAGUGUUCAUAUUAUUAUUAGAUUAUGUUUGCGAACUAACUUCUAUUUUCUAAUACCUUUGAAUAAUUACCGUUUGACCGACCACAAAGUUUAACAUUAACUGUCAUUUAUUCUGCCAACCUACGCAAACAUGGCUGAGGAGUACAUUAAAACAGUGGCCGUUCACAUGGACAAUUUGAACACGCAUCCUCAUUGCUCUCACGGACCAACGUUGUUGUUUUCUCGAGGAUCUGACAAUAAAAAGUUUUACUCUUGCUCGGCACAUAGAGAUAGAAAAAAAUGUUCUUUUUUUGUGUGGGAAAAUCAAAUUGAAACAAUUGGACAAAAAUAUAUGGAACAAUAUGAAAGAGAUCUCAUUGUCACAAAAAUGAUGAGAUAUAAAUUACAAACCAGGUAUGAUCAUACAAAAAAUUUAACCCCAGAAGAAAGAUGUUUCUGUCAGAAAUGUGGUGAAUUAUUUUCUAAAACUCAACAAGAUUUGCAUUCGGACCAUUGUGAAUUGUUAGUAGAAAAUAUAAAUGAUUUAAAACUAUCUCACCCUUCACAGUUGUUUAGACCAUUACAAGAAUCAAAAAGUGAAUCUCAGUAUUUUUUUACUGAAAACACUAUUGAAAUGUUAGUCAAAAUGUUUCGUUCUGUUGGUACAACUAAUAUUAUUUGUAUCGGUGCUCCCACAAUACAUGAAAAGAUAUUAUGUGAUGUACCCGAGAUGAAUAGUGUUUUACUUGACAUUGAUCAUAGAUACUUGCAAUUUUAUGAUACUGACCAUUUUAGAUGGUUUAAUAUGUAUAACUGUCAUAUACUUGAAGAAUGUGACACAGAAUUUGUGUUGGAAGAUAUUUUGACCCAAGGAGAUUCUACUGCUGUAUUCAUUGACCCUCCAUUUGGCGGCAGACUUGAACCAUUAGCAUAUACACUAGAAAGAUUUGAUCAAAUUAGGAAAAAAAACAACAAGAGCGUAUUAUCAAAGUUUCUUGUGUUACCUUAUUUUAUGGAACGUUUUGUAGUCAACUGCUUACCUGGGAUGUCAAUGAUAGAUUAUAAAAUUGACUACAUAAAUCAUAAAAAGUUUAAUAGUUCUGGUAGAAAUAAAGGAUCUCCAAUUAGAAUAUUCACUAAUGUAGAUCAAUGCAAGAUAUCUUUACCGGUUGAGGAAAAUUAUAGAUUUUGUGAUUUAUGUAAUCGAUGGGUUUGCUCAGAAAAUGUACACUGUUACAAGUGCAAUAGUUGUACAUCAAAGAAUGGUCGUGAAUACAUACACUGUAAUUUAUGUAAGAAGUGUGUGAAAAGAACAUGGAAACAUUGCAAACAAUGUAACAAAUGCUGUUUAAUAGAGCACAGUUGUAUGAGAUUUCCGACUAAGGGUAAAAUGAAGGACAAAUCACGUAAAAAGCAUAUGUUGUCAAAGGGCAAAGGCAUAAAAAAAUAUGAUGUUAUGGAUUAAAUUAUUAAAAUAUGUAUUAUAUACUGUUUAUAUUUAAUUCAAUUAUUUAUAAUAAAUAUAACUAUAUAUUUUACUCUUA